AUGUCAUCAAUUAAACAAUUGGAAGAUAUUAUUUACGAAGUUAAUAAAAUUAAUAAAUCUUUAUUAGACGACUUGUUAACAUUAAAAGAAGAUAAAAAGCUUACCAAUAACCAAUUAAAUGCGGCUCUAACUGCAAAAGAAAAAGCAGAAUCAAAAUAUGAAAGAGCUAAAAAGGAUUUAGAUACACAUAAAAAGAGGUCUGAAGAUUUCGAAGCCAAGCUAAGCGAAAUAGAAAUAGAAUAUAAAAAAAUUGAAGAAGAAUUUGAAAAACUAAAGAUCGAAAAUAAACAACAAAAAGAGACCAUCGAAAACGAUAAAAAUCAAAUCAAUACAGUUAUUAAAGAGAAUCAAGAACUAAGAGAAAAGAUAGAAACGAAUGAACUCCAUAACCAAGAUAUAGUGGAUAAAGAUAAAGCAAUAGAAAGACUUGGGGAUGAACUUAAAACAUUACAAAAUAAACUAACUGUAUUAGAAAACCAAAAGAGUAAAUUUGAUUCCAUUAAAUCUGAAGAACAUAAAAAAAGAAUAGAAGCAGAGCAAUAUAGUGUUGGUCUAGAGAAGAGAGCGUCCGAACUUGAGGAAAAACUAUCAUCAUUAGAAGAUACCAUUGCAGAUUAUCAAAAGAUUCAAAAACAACUAAAAGAGCUAAAAGAGAAGCACGAAAAAUUAGAGAAUGAAAAUAAAGAAUUACAAUUAAAGUAUAGCAAUAAAAAUGAAAAAGAAGAAAGCGAUCGAAAUACCAUGAAAUCAAUAGAACAAGAACUUGAUGAUUAUAAGACAAUGUUUCAAAAUGAACAGCAAACACGUGAAAAAAUAGAAGAAGAGGCAAUGGCAAUCAAAUCGCAUCAAAAGAAAUUAGAAGAUCAACUAAAACAGGAGAAAGCCAAAGUAAUGGAUUUAGAUGAUUUAAAAUCACAAUAUCAAGAAGAAAAGAAAUUAUUAAAACAAACUAUAGAAUCCAUCCAAAGCGAUUAUCAAAAAGAAAAGGACAAAUUGCAAAAUGAACUAGUUGAAAAGGAAAAACUACAAUUAGAACUAAACCAUAAAACACAAAAAGAAAAUGAUUAUGAAACUAGAAUUAAAGAAUUAACGGAAUCUCUACAGCAAUCAAAAUCAUCUUUGGGUCAAUUAAAUAUCGAAUCACUACAACAAAUUUUAUUAAACUUUAACAACAAACAAAAAGUCAAUAAUAGUGAAAAACAAUCAUCAGGACAAGAUGAAAAUAACAAUACAAACAGUGAUGACAUUAGCGAUAUUAGUUCAACUGCAUCAGAUUCUAAUAAUAAUACUACAGCAACACCAAAUAAUAUAAUAGAUGAAAAUAUAUUAAAAGAGUACUUAGAAGACAUUAUAUCAAAAUCACAAAAGAAUCAUGAACUUUUAGAAAAGAUCCAAGAUGAAAGAAAGAAACUCCACGAAGAAAAACAAUUAUUUGAAGAAGAUAGAUUAAAUUUUAAAUCUGAACAAUUAAAUAAUUUAAAUAAUCAGAUUGACAACAGUAAAAAAAACAAACAUAAAAAAAUAAAUAGUAGUAUAGAUAAUAGUAAUGCAAAUCACGAACAACAAGGUGGUGCAACAUCAUUGACAGCUGCAGUUCUUCAAUCACCAGUUAAAUCAUUUUCAUCAUUCUUUAAAUCAAACAAAAACUCGUCAGAUCUUAAUGGAUCAGAUCACCAUAGUGAAAACUCAAGUGGUUUACAAAGUCCCAUUUCAAUAUCUAAUAAUCAUGAAGGUGCAACCUCACCAACAUCAGCAACUAACCAUUUAGCGGCCACACCUCCAUUAAAUAUUUCAGAUGAUGAAAGAAAAGAAAAACUAUUCCAACUUUAUCAAUCACUUUUGGUAGACUGUAAUACACUUUUGUAUUCUAAACAGGAUCAAUUGGUAGAUUUCGAAAAAGGAGGAUUCAUGAAAAAAUUCCAAGUUAGUAAUAUUAAAAACUCAAUCUCAAGAAUUGAACCAAUACAAGAAAAAAUUAAAAAAACUUUAAAACUAGUUGAUUCAAAACCCACUAUUACUUUAGAUGAAGAUACAGAACAUAGAAUCCUAUUUAAAAUUUUACAAACCGAUUUAGAUAAUGAAAAAUAA